AUGUCGAAAUCGAGCUUUUUCCUCGUGUCGCUACCGACAUCCAUCUCGCCAUCCAAUGACGGCGACGAAGCGCUGACGGCGCUGCGAUCUGUCGUGUCCACCGACAACGGCACGACGUAUCCAUUCAGCAUCCCGAGCUUCAAGAUUGGCACUCUGGACGCGCUGGUGCAGCAGGCCGACGACUUGCAGAAGCUGGAGCAGGGAUGCAAGGGCGUUGUGGAAAAGGUGGCCGACUCGCUGAAGAAUAUUCUCGAGGGUGAUGAGGACAAGAUUGCCGAUCAGAAGAACGUCAACGACAAGCCUGUGGACCACUACCUGCAGAGCUUCCAAUGGAACAAGGUCAAGUAUCGCGCUGAGAAACCCAUCUCGGAGCUGGUGGACAUGCUACAGAAGGAUAUCGCCAGUAUAGACAACGACGUCAAGACAAAGUUCAACCAGUACAACUCCACAAAGACGUCUUUGGCCUCGGCCCUGCGCUCGCGCACCGGUAACCUGUCCCAAAAGUCGCUCACCGCAGUCGUCAACCCAAAGAACCUGCUCGCGCCAGAUGCCUCGGAAUACCUGCAACAACACUUGAUCGCCGUGCCCAAGAACCAAGUCAAGGAUUACCUCUCUAGCUACGAGUCCUUGUGUCCCAUGGUCGUACCGCGUUCGUCGCAGGAACUGGCCAAGGAUGACGAGUUUAGCCUGUUCGCUGUUACUGUCUUCAAGAAGCACAGUGCAGAGUUUGUUCACAAGGUGCGCGAGAGACGCUGGACGCCUCGUGAGUGGAAGUUCAAUGAGGGCGGACGUGAGGCAGAGGAGGCCGAGCAGCAGAAGCUUGAAAAAGACGAGCGCCGUGUUUGGGGUGAGGCUCUUCGUCUGGGUCGUACUGGAUACAGCGACGCUGUCAUGGCAUGGAUCCAUGUUCUUGCUCUGCGCGUCUUUGUCGAGACGGUCUUGCGCUAUGGUCUGCCUCUGAGCUUUGUUUGCGGUCUUGUCAAGACGGACAAGAAGUCGGUCGAAAAGGCAAAGAAGAAUCUCGACGGCGCCUACUCACACCUCGGCGGAAACGCAUUCGGUCGUGACAAGAAGGGUAGGGUUACCAAGGAUGAUGCUCAAACGGCCAACGAGCUGCAAGUGUCUGGUCAUGCUGGUGGUGAAGACUACAACGCAUACGUCUUUUACCAGUUCGAGAUUGCAUGA